AUGUGGCUGGGACUUUCUGAAAGCUCCGCUUCGCUCUUAGCCAUAAACAAGUACCGGAGAGUGCGAUUCGUCAGCAUUUCACAGCAAGAGUUGGGACACUAAUAACAAUUUAGCAGGCGCAGACCGGCCGCAGGCAGCACUUUAAAAGUGGUGAUCAGGACAGCCCGGGCCUGGACAUGACUGGAGCUGGAAGUGGUGGCCAGGGCCCUCCUGAUGGGACAGAUGCUGAGGAGGCGGAGAAGUGUCCUAUCUGCCUGGGUGUCCUGGCUGGUGGCGAGCUUGCCAUGCCCGACAGCUGCUGCCAUGUCUUCUGCCUAAGAUGUCUCCUCACAUGGGCAGAGUUGCAGGUGGCUCCUUCGUGCCCGGUGGACAGGAGACCUUUCAGUAGUGUUUACAGAUGGGACGGACAUCUCAGCUGUGUGCAGGUGCCGUUCAGGAAGCUGCCAACUGAACCUGACGCUGAGAGUUGCUGCUGUAGAAACCCUGAGCAGAAAGUCUGUCUCAAAAGAAAGCCAGGUAGAAGACUGAGGCGGCAAAAGGUGGAGACGGCAGCUGAUUCCAAAACGAAAGGACUUGUGAGAAAAUGUAACAAUGACGACCCCUCAUCACUGAGCAGAAAAAAGGUGAGAGGAACAGAGUGCUGUGCUUGGUCACCGUCUCCCUGUGUCUCAACAACUACAUCCACACAGGACAUUGCAGAGCCUGUGUGGGUGACAGAGGACAUACCCUACGACACCGGGUUCAAACAGUGCAAACCCCAGGCGCAAGAUAAUCCGUGGCUGUCUCCUGCUGCUCCCAUCACUGCUAAUGGCACCUCAAGGCAGAGUUUCCAUCCCAGUAAUUGGAACCACAGCCCGAAUCCAUUUGGACUCUGCUCAUCUCCCUUUACCUCCACUUCACUGUUUGGCCCUGGUCAUUUUGUCUUUCAGGGUGUAGUCUGCGCCAUCACUUGUCCAAAAGGAGGAGAAAAGAGAGGCGGCCGAGCCUCAACCUCCAAAGCUCCCACCAAAGAGGCCGAGUCUAGACCAUCCAGACGAUCUGGACGCAACAGUAAACCCCAGGAAGAGCCUCCUGUGUCUGACCCACCAUCACCGCCACAGUCUGGUUCGUCAGACUCUGACUCAUCCACCAGCCAGCCCAGCAAGCCAGGCAGGGCUUCUCAGGUGCCAGCCAAGAGGAAGGGUAAACAGGUAACAAACCGCAAGGCCAGUGGGAAACGGAAAGCCACAACAAGAAAAAAGCGCUCUCCUGAAUUUGUCAGCAGCCCAGCAAGUGAGGAGGAAGAUGGUGACGGAGGUGACAAUACUGAGAAGGAUGAUGAAGAAGACAAAACUGAAGUGGAGCAAGAGAUAAAUAAUUUGGAGCAGCAGGAUUCUGACGCUGAAGGAAGCCUCAAUGCAGACCAGGACGGUUUCAACUCAGCUGAUGAGCAAAGAGGUGGCGAACCUUCAAGCAAUGACGUGGGACAUGACAGCGAUGAGGAACAAUCUAAUGAUCACGAACAAGAACAGAAACCACACGAGGGAGAUAACUACUUGUCUUGUUCCCCAGACUCGGCCCCGAACAGCCCUGCUUCAUCUGAGGGCGACCAGAGCACAAGGGAGCAGGAUCAGGAUCAGGAGCAGCAAGGUAGCCCCAUUUCCUCUGUGGAUAAGCAGUCAGAGAAGGGGUCACCAUCGCCCUCUGACUCUCACAACGCACUGUUGGAGAACCUUGGGUCACCGCACUGUGAUGACCAGACUGAGCAGGAUGAUGAAAUGGAGAUUUGCGCAGGGUCAGAAGAAGGCAACGAUGAAGAAUCUCCAAAGGAUGUGAAGACAGAAUCAUGUGAGAACUCUUCACAGCCUGGUUCUCCCCCAGCUGUACAAGAAGAAGCAGAAACUUCUGAGGACCCCGAUGCAAAAAUGUUUGGAUCAGAAGAGCCUUCAGCAGUGGACAGCUCUGGGGAAGGCACCAAGGAUGACGGUCCAUCCCAGGAUGACACUAAUGUUGUCCCUAUGGACUGCAGUUCACCCAUGAGUGACAAUGACAGCAAUCCCUUUUUGGAACCAUCGAAAGAGAGCACUGCCCCAGCUUCUGUAGAACCUCCUUCUGCAAACGAAGUUGCCAAGGACGACAGCACCAAGGACCAAGGGGAAAGAGAAAGGAGUCAAGAGAGGAAGAACGGCCGACAGCGGCGCUCUCGCUUCCACUCUCCAACCUCCACCUGGUCACCUAAGAGGGAGUCCAGACGAGAUUCAUCAAGACGCUCGCGCUCGCGGUCUAGAGAGCGUGAUGGCAGCCCACCUUCCAGCCGCUCUUCCCGUGCUCGGAGCAGAGAAAGAGACAGGGACCGGGACAGUGAGAGAGACCAUUCUAGGAGAGACCGUAGUCGUGAGAGGAGGAGGAGGCGAUCCAGGAGUCGCUCCAGAUCCAGGUCCAAGUCCCGGUCCCGAUCUCGAUCUAGGUCUCGUUCCAGAACAAGAUCCUACAGACGGGGGCCCAGCCCCGAACGGUCGGCCUCAAGAGAGCAGUCUCCUCAGAGGAAGGAGCGUAGGGGUGGGUGGAAAUCAGGGCAGGGCAGUGGGUCUGGUGGUGAGGGACGGAGGUAUCAUGGAGGCGCUGGCCGCUUUGAAAAUGGCGUCCCUGCUGAAACUUCACCAGAACGCCAGGGCUGGUCGGAUAAUCCCGACUGGGUUACAGAAAAGACUCGUAGCGAAAGUGAGAGCAGGAACCGUGAUUUUAGUGGUGGCUCACGCUGGGAAGACCGUGGGAACAGGGGAGAGUCAAGGGGCCGCGGGGGCCGUGGAGGGUUUGACCGUGGCCGAGGCGCAGGACGGGGCGGCGGCAACCGUAGCUUCUACAACCAGCAGGAAGAUUCGGCUGACAACCGCUGGCAGCCCAGAAACAACUUCUCAGGUACAGGCAACAAUUCAGGGAACGAUGCAUACAGCCGCUUCAAUGAGAACCGUGGUGGAGGCCGGAGGAAAGAGUCGGAGUCAGGCGACUCUAUGCUCGACCGGUCAGGCUGGUCUUCAGCAUCCAGCUGGGCCGUCAGGAGGACGCUACCUGCAGACGUUCAGGAUUAUUACUCCAAGAGGGAGAGAGGAGGACAAGGAGGCUGGAACCGAUCAGAGGAGGAGCAAGCAGCAGCAGAUCCCCCUAAAAGCGAGCCUCCCCCACAGGCCGUCCCAGGUAACGCUCCGGUGCCUGUGAUGAACAUGAUGCCCCCUCAUCCUCCUCAGCUGAAUGUUGUUCAUCAUCACUACCCCAUGCAGGGCCCUCGAGGAGCCCUGCCGGUCAGCUUGCAGCCUGCAGCGCCGUACGCCAUGCCUCCUCAGGUCCCCGUGCACCUCCACCCUGCCGUGCCACUGCUUCAGGUGCCCGCCGUCGGCGCUCAGGGCCUCCCUCCCCCUCCCCCACCCCCUCCACCCAUGCAGCAAGGCAGCCAGACAGCAGCAGCUCAGCCCGACGGCCACACAACACAGAUGGCGAGCACCAUGAUGGGUUAUGGAAAACCUGCCCUGCUUCCCACCCCAACCAAAGCUGGGGUUGCCAUGGCAACCCAAGGCCAGCAGGCAGCCAACCAGGUGCUACCAUCCUCUACAACUCAGCCCGCUCAUCAUAAUAGGGCUCAAGCUGACAGCUCCAAAAAAGAAAAGAAACAACAGAUCCAAGAGAGAGCUAUAAACGAAGUGAAGACAGCCAUCAAACCCUUUUACCAAAAGAAGGAAAUCACAAAGGAGGAGUACAAGGAGAUUGUCCGCAAAGCUGUAGAGAAGGUGUGUCAUAGCAAGAGUGGCGAGGUGAACUCCAGUAAGGUGGCCAACCUGGUGAAGGCCUACGUGGACAAAUACAAACAUGCCCGCAAGAAAUGAAAUCCCGCUCUGUUGCUGGUGUGGCGAUGCCCUCACAGACCCAUUCAGCUGCUCAAGUGCAAUUUCUUCUAGCUGGAAUUCGGCCUCCAAACUGAAAGACAACGGAGAGCCAACACUUUCUUUUUUUUGAUAUCUCUCUUUUCUUGAAUGAUGAAGAUUUUUUUUUUUUUUUUUUUUUAUAGAUUUCAUAUUUUGUUAGAAAAAAAAAAGAAUGACCCAAUCAGAAAUUGUAAUGCAAGAGCCCUUUAUUUUGCAUAGAUCAUGUGACUUGGGGAACUACUGUAAGGAGUGCAGGGUAGCGUGGGGGGGUGGGGGGGUGGGACAGUUGAUAUUAAAAUGUAACGCUCAAAUAAACAGCGUCUGCUCAUGUAGUGGAGGGACUCUCCCAGGUUGCCGGCUGGUAUGAGGAAUUUCUCCUAUAUGGCACCCUGAUUGCAUUGCUUAUUAAUUCAAUAUUGUCAAUGUUCUUUUUUAAAAAUAUUAUAUAAUAUUUCAGAUGAAAGCCUAGUUUAAAAAACAGUGCAUUGCCUUUAUUAAUCUCAGUGGCCCAAUGAUGCUUGUGAUUGUAAUCAGGGCCAUGAUUGGUUGAGAAGAUGCAAAGUGGGAUGGCCAAUCAGCAGUGAGUGUGUUAUGUAAGGCGCAGGUCCCAGGGGGACAGAUCAGGUGAAUUGAACCCCACGCCCUGCCUGAAUGUCUAAUAAAUGUCAAUGCGUGAACAUGAACUGUGCAAAGUAUCCAGAGAGUAGUGAAAUAAAUUAGCUGCUUCCUGA